CAGGGGCCCGUUUUGUCACUUCUGCAGGAAGUGACAUACCCGGAAGUGAGGGAGGCGGAGCCAGGUAUGCUGGGACUGCGGUGAUGUGCAAUGGGAAGUCUCCUUGGAUGGCGCCACACCAUUGUAUGUGUGAGCACCAGUGCUGGUGAUGGGCACAGUAUCUGUAUAUGUGGAAUAUGCGGUACAAUACACCACACACACAGGAUCUGGUGCCCCGCUUUGUCCCUCAAAGUUCCUUCCUCCCCGCCUCUCGGGGUUGCCAUGGGGAUGCUCCCUCCCUGGUCCGACAGUGACUUGUUGCUGUGGUAACACCGCAGUCUCCCCCUCCUGAUUCCCCCCUAAAGAGAUUCGCAGCUCUCGCGGUAUCUUCUCCCCUCAGCUCCGGACACCGGCAGCCGCACAAAGGGACCGGACACUGGCCAGGAGGGGGAGGGAGCACCGGAUAAUCUGUGCAGUUCUCACGUUGAACAAUGGCAACACCAGCAGCCGUUAACCCCAGCGAGAUGACCACAGACAUCCCAGGAUCAGUGACUUUGCCAGGGGCUGCUAUGGCAGCUGGGCAGGUGAGGAUGACUGGUCCAAUGUCAGCACGAGGAGGAAAAAGGCGGUCAGGAAUGGACUUUGAUGAUGAAGAUGGAGAGGGACCAAGCAAAUUUUCAAGAGAGAAUCACAGUGAAAUUGAAAGACGUCGGAGGAAUAAGAUGACACAAUACAUCACAGAGCUGUCCGACAUGGUUCCCACCUGCAGUGCCCUCGCACGCAAACCUGACAAGCUCACCAUCCUGCGCAUGGCUGUGUCCCACAUGAAAUCCAUGAGAGGGACAGGAAAUAAAUCUACGGACGGAGCUUAUAAACCCUCCUUCUUAACAGAACAGGAGCUGAAGCAUCUUAUACUGGAGGCCGCAGAUGGAUUUCUGUUUGUGGUGGCAGCUGAGACUGGACGAGUGAUCUAUGUGUCAGACUCUGUCACUCCUGUAUUAAACCAAUCUCAAUCAGAAUGGUUUGGGAGCACGCUAUAUGAGCAGACGCACCCGGAUGACAUUGAGAAGCUCAGAGAGCAGUUAUGCACUUCAGAGAAUUCCAUGACAGGACGGAUUUUGGACUUGAAGACCGGUACAGUAAAAAAAGAGGGCCAGCAGUCAUCUAUGAGAAUGUGUAUGGGAUCCCGGCGUUCCUUCAUUUGCCGGAUGAGGUGUGGUAAUGCCCAACUGGAUCACCUACCUCAUAACAGAAUUAGCACAAUGCGAAAGAGAUACAGGAAUGGCCUUGGACCAGUGAAAGAAGGAGAGGCACAGUAUUCUGUAGUUCACUGUACAGGAUACAUUAAGGCAUGGCCUCCAGCAGGUAAGAAAGGAAUGACUAUCCCUGAAGAAGAUGCUGAGGUGAACCAGGGGAGCAAGUACUGCCUUGUUGCUAUUGGUAGACUGCAGGUCACAAGUUCUCCGGGGAGCCUGGAUAUGAAUGGAAUGUCUCUUCCCACUGAGUUCUUAUCACGACACAACACAGACGGAGUCAUCACAUUUGUGGACCCUCGGUGCAUCAGCGUGAUUGGAUAUCAACCACAGGACCUCCUUGGAAAGGACAUAAUUGAGUUCUGCCACCCUGAAGACCAGAGUCAUCUUCGAGAAAGUUUCCAGCAGGUGGUGAAGCUGAAAGGACAGGUGCUAUCAGUGAUGUACCGCUUUCACACCAAGACUCGAGAUUGGAUGCUACUUCGCACAAGCAGCUUCACUUUCCAGAACCCAUACUCUGAUGAGAUUGAAUACAUUAUCUGUACAAAUACCAAUGUGAAGCAGGUCCAGCAGCAGCAGGCAGAGCUGGAGGUUCAUCCAAGGGACAGCUUGUCCUCCUAUGACCUGUCCCAGGUACCUGUCACAAACCUUGCAGGGAAUGUACACGAGGGGGGGAAAUCUGUGGUUGAUAAGCCUGAUCCCAUAUUUUCCCAGGAACGGGACCCACGUUUUGCCGAGAUGUUUGCUGGAAUCACAGCCUCUGAGAAGAAAAUGUUGUCAGCAUCUGGCAGCGGCACUCAGCAAUUGUACUCAACAGGCAGCCCUUUCCAGCCUGGACACAGCGGCAAGUCUUUCAGCUCCUCAGUAGUCCAUGUGUCCGGAGUUAAUGAGAUCCAGUCUCCAACGGGCACAGGGCAGAACUUGACCCAAAUAUCACGUCAGAUUAAUGCUGGACAGGUUUGGACAGGAAGCCGGCCUCCUUUUCAAGGACAGCAAAUUACAUCACAGUCUGGUAAAGCUCAAACUUCUCCAUUUGGUAUUGGAACAAGUCACACGUACACAUCAGAUCCAUCCACGUACAGCCCACUAUCCAGCCCAGCCACAUCAUCUCCCAGCGGAAAUGCCUACUCUGGUUUAGGAGGACGGAACGCGGCGUUCACUGAAACAGGACAGAGCAGUAGUCAGUUCCAGGGCCGGGCAUCAGAAGUGUGGUCUCAGUGGCAGAGUCAGCAUCAUAACCAGCAGAGCAAUGAGCAGCACUCCCACCAGCAGCCAGGCCAGGCAGAAGUCUUCCAGGACAUGCUUCCUAUGUCUGGAGACCCCACGCAAGGCACUGGUAACUACAACAUUGAAGACUUUGCAGACUUGGGGAUGUUCCCACCUUUUUCUGAAUAAUUAAUUCCCUGCGUGGCUUGUACAGCAGCAAAGGAGAGAGGCUGCAUUAUGGUCUCAGCACUUUCACCUGCUCCCUCCAAAUGACCAACAUCUGUCACUCCAGCAUGGAUCCCGCCUCGCACAAGCUGGAAGGGUUCAUGUAAACUUGUUGUAACUUUCUUAUCUCAAGCAAGAAUCGGGGAUCUUAUUAUACAGACUGUCCUUCUGACAGCAAAAAGUAAACAUAUCAACAAAAAUAAAUUGUGAUCAACUGAUAUACAAAUGGCACUGUGAUGGUAUCCUAUAGCUGGAAAAGAACAAGCAUAGAGUAUAUUGCGCUCUAUGUGGGCACUAUUAAUGUACAGGAAUCGUCUGUCAAAGUCCCUAGUGUCAUGUAUUCCUUCGCUUGGAUUUGUCCAUCAGCCCUCAGCAAAAUGGCAUAAUCUAAACCCUUAUUCCCUCUCCAGUAAUCUUCUGGGUAUGUCCAUAAUCUGCGGUGGAUUGGACAAUCAUCGUGUUUCUUUGAAGUGACCAAUCACACGGUUACAUAUCUGUCAAGCUGUUAUGUUAAUGUGAAACAUAUAUAUUGUGUAUUUUGUACUACUGAAUGUCCUGUACUAUUACUCUUUGCAUAGUCUUACUAUGCCGUAUUUUGCUAAUGUCAUUUCAUUAAAGGUUGACAUGGGUUA